AUGGGAUCUUUACGUAAGUGUGUCCUGGCGUUUUUGCUGUGCGGUUCCUUGAACACGAUCGCGCGGAAGACUCUUGGCUCGCAACCGGAGAGCGCGGCCUGGGAUUUGCUGAAGGGGAUCGCUUAUUCCAUGUUUGGUACGGCGGAUGAUCAUGCUGAACGCUUCCAGAAGCCCUGGUUCGCCACCUUUGUCAUGUUCGUCGCCAUGGCUAGCGUCCUGCCCUUUGACGCCGGCAACUUUGCUUGCAGGUGUGUGUGUGUGAGUGUUGUUUCGAGACGUACCCGGCCUGUUUGGCCCUCUGGAAGAUCUGUUUUUUUCUGCUCAAAGCUGCGCCCAGCUGCCAGCGCAGACGGAAGGUCCUGCAGCCCGGGCGGUUGCCAAGCUUUGUGCCUCAACUGUCAGUCCUCAUUGAGGUUCAACGCAGAAACGCCCACGACCGCGAGACCUCCGAUUGAAUGUCACGGAACUAUGUGCGGAGAACAAGGCGAUUGA